AUGGCUCUUUAUGAAGCCUUGUAUGGGAGACGUUGUAGAUUGCCCGAUCUUGUGCAUGAUGCCUUAGAGAAGGUAACCUUGAUACAAGAGCGGCUGAAGACCGCUCAGAGCCAACAAAAAUGUUACACUGAUGUACGACGACGUGACUUGGAGUUCAAAGAGGGUGAUCAAAAGAUGGGUGAAGUAGCCUACGAGCUAGGGUUACCUGCAUCGAUGAAUGCGAUUCAUCCUGUUUUUCAUGUAUCAAUGCUACGUGGGUACAAGCCCGACCCUGCUCACAUCAUCUCUCCGGAAGUAGUAGAAAUAAAUGAUGGCUUGACUUAUGAGGAACAACCAGUUGAGAUUGUUGAUAGAAAAGUCCGUAAAUUGAGAACCAAAGAUAUAGCUUCGGUUAAAGUUUUAUGGCGUAAUCAUGAUGUCACCUGGGAGGCCGAGGAAGAUAUGAAAAUUUGA